CGUGUAUCAUAUUAAACCAUUAAUCACAAACUGUAAAUAAAUCAACCUUUAAUAAAAACACACACAUCAUGUCCCAGGCAUACAGAUCGACCCGUUCCUCCGGACCACAGGCCCUCACUUUUGAAGAGGCCGUCAUGAAAGGACUUGCCCAAGAUGGAGGGUUAUUUGUUCCAUCUGAGAUUCCUCAAUUGCCUGCUAACUUCAUUGAAGAAUGGAAGGACCUUAGUUUCCAAGAACUUGCCUUCAACAUCUUGCGUCUCUACAUCAACCCAGAAGAAAUCUCUGACUCCGACUUGAGACGUUUAGUGCAAGUUUCUUACUCCACUUUCAGACACAAGGAUGUUACUCCGCUCCAACCAAUCGACAAGGAAAAGGACUUAUACCUUUUGGAACUUUUCCACGGUCCAACAUAUGCUUUCAAGGAUGUUGCUCUUCAAUUUGUUGGUAACCUUUUCGAGUAUUUCUUGACCAGAAGAAAUGCUGAUGUUGCUGAUGAUAAGAGAGAAACAAUCACUGUUGUUGGUGCAACUUCUGGUGACACUGGUUCUGCCGCCAUUUAUGGACUUAGGGGUAAGAAGGACGUCUCUGUCUUCAUCUUGUAUCCAACUGGACGUAUUUCUCCUAUCCAAGAAGAACAAAUGACCACUGUCGAGGACAAGAACGUCCACACUCUUUCUGUCAAGGGUACCUUUGAUGAUUGUCAAGAUAUUGUCAAGCAAAUCUUUGGAGAUGCUGACUUCAACUCCAAGCACCACGUUGGUGCCGUCAACUCUAUCAAUUGGGCUCGUAUCUUGGCCCAAAUGACCUACUACUUCUACUCGUACUUCCAACUUGUCAAGCAAACUGGUAACAGCAAGGUCCGUUUUGUUGUCCCAUCUGGUAACUUUGGUGACAUCUUGGCCGGAUACUACGCCAAGAAGAUGGGUCUCCCAGUUGACAGAUUAAUCAUUGCUACCAAUGAAAACGAUAUUUUGGAUAGAUUUAUGAAGUCUGGUCGUUAUGAAAAGGCUGCUGGUAACCCUGCUGCCGCUGAAGUUAAGGCCACUUAUUCUCCAGCUAUGGACAUUUUGAUCUCCUCUAACUUUGAAAGAUUGUUGUGGUACUUGGUAAGAGACAACCUUGCCUCGGGUGAUGAUGAAAAGGCUGGUCAAAUCUUGAAUGAUUGGAUGGUUCAAUUGAAGACUACUGGUUCUGUUGUUGCUCCAGAAGAAGUCGUCAAGGCUGCCAGAGUUGACUUUGAUUCUGAAAGAGUCGAUGACAAGGACACUGCUGCCACCAUCAAGAGUGUCUACCAAGCACACCCAGACAAGUAUGUCUUAGAUCCACAUUCUGCUGUCGGUGUUGCCACCUCGUACAGAAACAUCGACAGGGACGCUGCAUCUGGCGAAAAGGACGUUCAAUAUAUUUCUCUCUCCACUGCCCAUCCAGCUAAGUUUGCUGAUGUUGUCAACCAAUCCUUGGCUGGUAUUGAUGGUUACUCAUUCGAUAAGGAUGUGUUGCCUGAAGAAUUGAGAGCUUUGGCUACUAAGGAAAAGAGAAUAAGACUUAUUGAUGAAGCUUCUUUGGAAAAGGUCAAGGCUGCCAUUGAAGAAGAAUUGGCAAAGGAAUAAAUAGAUAACAGAUACCAUACGCCUAACCAUAGUUUACA